AUGUCUACAAGGGGACAAUCCCAGUCCUCCAAAUGGCAUCACUACUACAAGAGCACUGACCACAGUGAAUACGUAACGUUGAAAAUCUGCUCGAGACCUGGUCGUGCUUUGGAGUGUUACGGAUCUGAGGAAACUGAAAGUGGCAAAUGCCACAACUGUGACGGGUUGGAACAAGAGUGCAUUUUGUCCACCGCAGUACAACAACCGGAAAGAGCCUUUAACGUUGGCGUGAGGAAUCCGUGGUCAGACUACGAUUCUAUCAUUAGCAAAAUGGCUGUACUAUCACGAGAAUUUGAAGAUCUGCGUGAGAAGACUAUUCAAAUACCUUGGUGUCACUCGUGCUGGUGGGAAGACGGUGGACCAUUUCAACCAUUGCUACUCUCGGACUGGGUGCGACUCGAUGCUUGGUACAGGUCAAGGUCUUUAGUACUUGGAAAUGCCGGCGACGUGAUGGUGCCUGUUCUUGACAUGGCCAAUCAUUCAUUUCAACACAACGCAUUCUGGAAACAGGCAUCCAAUGGCAAUGCCGUACUUUUUCUUGAGCAGGGUAUACAAUUGGACGCAGGAAGCGAAGUUACCAUUAAUUAUGGAGCAAGAAGUGAUGCCGAGAGUCUCUUCAAUUAUGGUUUUAUCGACGAAAAGAUUCCAUUUGCAUCAUUAGUAUUAGGAGUGGAGCCAAUGGUGACUGACCCCUUGGGCACAGCAAAAGUUGCUGCAUUUCGAAAACGUCCAGCCAUUCGUAUCAUAGGCCAUUCGGAUGGGCAAACUUCAUGGGAGUGCCCAUUCCUUUACUUUGCUUGCUUGAACGAGGAAGACGGCUUGGAGUUCAAAACUGUGCAACAAGUUGAUGGCGAGCAUUCAUUAAAAGUUUUCUGGCAAGGAACAGAUGUCACAGAAUCUACUGAUCAAUUUGAGACAUUGAUCAGUGGUCACAGACUGGAAGAUGUUUUCAAGCUUCGAGCUGCAGAAUUAGUUCGAGGUAGGGUCGAACUGCAGAUAGAGCGUCUUCUUGCAAGCGAAGAAGUGAUGGAAUCAUGGAGGAACGAGAUGAUCGACUGGGAAACUCGACGCAAUGCAUUAGAAUUGCAACGGAUAGAGAGUAUCGUGCUAGAUGCGCUUUAUGGGUCUAUCAUUGAAGAAAUAUCGGAGCUGUCCAAAACCGCUGAUGUUAUUCAACUUCUGCAAUCAGUGCAUGUCGAUAGUGAUGAUCUCGGCCCCGAAAGCAACGAAGAGGACGAUUUCAGUUGA